AUGUUAUUUGAAACAACAUAUCCUUUUGAUACCAAUAAUAAGUUUAUUACAAAAGAGAAUACAACAACUACUAUCAUGAAACAAUAUUAUGAUAGUGAAGAUGAUGAAGAAACAUUAGCAACAGCUAUUGAUGAUUUAUCAAGCCUUAUUUUAUACCCUUCUCAUUCAACGACUCAUAUUGAAUUAUUUCAAGAUCAAAUGCAGGAUCCAACAAACCUUCGUAUAUCUCAAUGUCAAAAUACAUAUUUUAUGGAUGGAGGUGUUCGAUUUAUUUCGUUACCUACAUUAGGUACAAGUAAUACUAAGGCAACUACACCUAUUUCUCGUAUCUUUGAAGAAUGGUUAGCAAAUAAAUUAUACAGUCAUCCUAAUAAGACAGUAAAUUUGAAUAGUAAUACGAUGAUGAUGACGACGAUAGAGGAUGAAAGUAGUAGUUUUAUGAUAAAUGAUCAUUUACCUAUAUUAGAAGAUAAUAUUGAAUUAAUAUCCGAAGACAUUAUCAAUAUGUUUAAAUCAAGAAAAAGACUCUUGAAGGGAUUAUCUAAUAUUCUUAUCAAGGUUAGGACAGGCCAUGUUUAUAGCUAUCAUCAAUUAGAGAAUGGCCAACCUAUUAUUACUGAAGACAUGGAAGACUUUUUUCAACAAUUUCCAUUAUUUGUAGAAAUUUUAAUUUAUGCUACUCAAUCAGAACAGAAUCAUAAUGAAAUCAACUUAUUAUUAAUUACUGAGAAUACAACUUUAACUUCAAAUUUACCUUAUAAAAUUAUGGAAAAUAUUCAAUUAUAA